AGAUAGACCCCGACGAGAAAAUCUCGGCGAGUGGCGAGGUAAUCUUAUCGUCGAAUGGCAACGAGCAGGUCCACCAGGUCACCGAGAAUGCGAUCGCGAUAACUACAACUACAAGCAAAAUGACAUCGCAUGAGGCUGGUGGACAUAUGCCGUGUCUUGAUGAGAGCACGACCCCUGACGAUGCCGCUUCGUCGAAGGAAAACAAGGCUAACGCGGCUGGAGAUCAUGGUUCUGCAACAGGAAGAUCUCGUGAGGAAAAGAAAAAGAAGAAGAAAAAAAAUGAGGUGCGUGAUCACAAGGAUGAUGAUGGAAAACGAAAUAUAGAUGCUGAGAAAAGUAAAGACGUUAAGGUCGUUAAUGGUAAAGAGCCAUCUUCUGCAUCUUCGGCGUCCUCCUCGAAUGCCGCCGGCGGACACGCAGCACCUGUUUCGUCUGACGCUGCACCAGAGCAAACUACUCUUCCUCUCUCUGAGGCCAACAAGAAGCAGCAAGUC